AUGGCGAUCGUGGCUGUGAACUGCACAGAGCGGGGGCCCAGGACUCAGGGCCAGUUCUUGGACAAGCAGGAGAACGCGCUGCAUACUUCGGCUGUGCACGCGGGAUCGGGGACUCCCAUUGAGGAGGCCCUUACGGACCUCCCGUCGCUUGCGGAGGGAGCGGACCGCAAGCCACUUGCUGGAAAUGAGAUGGUGGAUCUCGGCGUCCCUCUCCAGCCUUUCACACCCCUCUAA